AUGUAUGGAGGAGGAAAAAAGAAGAAAGGCAAGAAGGGCAAGAUUGUGGACAAGAGACAACCACAAGAGGAUGACCUGUUUGACGACCCUGCCGUAUGGGAGGGACCAGACAAGAAGAACAUUAUAGAAGAAUCGAGAGACGAGACAGUGGAAGAUGGAGUCGACGAGUUCUGGGGCCCUAGCCGACCAGAUCCCGGCCCCAGUAAGGCACCACAGACUCCCGCCAGCACCAGCUUCACCGAGUCUGGCGAUGAGUGGAAAGAAAUUGCCAGGCAAGGAGUGCCGGUGAAUGACGUCUUUGUCGAGAGUCCAAUUCUAGGACACGACGAAUCUUCAUUGCCACGAUCUACGUCUACUGGGCUGCUUCGCCGAGAUUCUAGGCUGGAGGAGCCUGAAGGAGGACUAUUUGAAGAAGCACCUCACGACGUUUCGUCACGACAAUCUUACGCGGAACCGAAUGAUCUACGAUCUUCACCUACGAGGGGACUGCCUGCAGUCCAGGAGCUUCCCGAAGCUGAGAAAGCGGCCGCGACCGGCGAACUCUGGCCCCCUGAGCGAGACAACCGCGAUAGUGGUUUUAUCCCAGACUCUCCUCAGCGGCGCAGAAGCCCCAACUUGGUGGAUGAGAAACUUCGAGAUAGUGGUGUGGACAGUGAGGAUUGGCGAGAUUCGGCGCACAUGCAGACACCAGAGGCGCACAGUCGGGGUGUUGAGAGACGACUUGGCCCUUCACCUCUGAAUACACCGGUGCUGCAUGAACCGUCUCGAGACGACAACACGACGCCAAUUGCCGACCCUGAGAAGAAGUUGCGCCGAUCAAAGAAAGACUACGCUGGGCUUGCGACAGUGGCAGCCGGAGCGACUGCGCUGACUGCUGGAGCCGCCCAUCGCGACAAGGCACACGACAAUGAAAGACGGGCCGUCUCAGAUUCGCAGGCCGCGCCGAGCUCUGGAUCGGCCCUGGGAUCUGGGCGGGCUGAGUCUAGCGUGGCACGGCGAUCUGUGUCCAACACCAGCAGCAUCUCAGGCCUCCGCUCCACAGCCACACCCACGCCGCCACCUCUGCGGCGGGUCGACAAGCGCAUGAGCGGAGACCUUAGAGCUCUUCGUCAACAAAACAACUCCACGCCGCCCGUUGCUAACGAGGCUCGUGUCCGUACAAAGGACAUGGCCGAUGUAUACGAUGGAUUUGGCGAGGGUCGCCUCGGCUCGCCGAGGUCUCCGACCAGACCGCAUAGCAUGCGCCGCCGCCAAAGCAUGCAAGUUCUCGAGCUUGAGUCUCGAGUCGAGCAGCUCAUCGCCGAGAACCGGCUGUUGACAGAGGCCCGUCACCACGCUGAACAAAACGUCAACCGAGGCGCCACGUCGGCCCUUUCCGAACGGGACGCCGAAAUCGAUGCGCUGAAGCAGUCACUGCAAUAUCUCCAGAACGAAGUAAAUCGCCUGACCGAGGUCAACGACGGCCUGACCAGCGCCAACGCAGAGCUUGCCAACAAGGACAACGGCCGAUAUGCCGGCCUGGCAGUCCACGGCGAUGGCACCCGCAGCCUCGAGGGCCCCGACGGCCAAACACUGGAAGAAAAGGAUGCCGAGAUUGCCAGUCUGCGAGAGCAGCUCGAAGCUGCCAAGGAACAAGUUCGCGAGAUGCAGCGCCAAAUCCUCGCUUCCAAAGCCGGCGACUCCGAUUUCCUCAACAUCAGGGACGAAGACUACUUUGACACCCGCUGCCAGCAGCUCUGCUCCCACGUGCAGCAAUGGGUCCUGCGCUUCUCCAAGUUUUCCGACAUGCGCGCCUGUCGCCUGACGAGUGAGAUUAAUGACGAAAAGACCAUUGACCGCCUCGACAAUGCCGUCCUCGACGGCUCCGAUGUCGACAUUUAUCUCAAUGACCGAGUCAAGCGCCGCGACAUUUUCAUGUCCAUGACCAUGAGCAUGAUUUGGGAAUUUGUCUUUACCCGCUACCUGUUUGGUAUGGACCGCGAGCAGCGCCAGAAGCUCAAGUCUCUCGAGAAGCUCCUGACGGAGGUCGGCCCGCAGAACGCCGUCCGCCAGUGGCGCGCGGUCACGCUGACGCUCCUCGCCAAGCGCGCCAGUUUCCAGGAGCAGCGUGAGCUCGACACGGAAGCCGUGGUGCAGGCCAUUUUCCAGACGCUCUGCAAGAUUCUGCCCCCGCCGAGCAACCUGGAGAACCAGAUCCAGUCGCAGCUGCGCCGCGUCAUGCGCGAGGCCGUCGACCUGUCCAUCACCAUGCGCACGCAGCGCGCCGAAUACAUGAUGCUGCCGCCACUGCAGCCCGAAUACGACGCAGACGGCGAGCUGGCGGCCACGGUGCAGUUCAACGCGUCCAUGAUGAAUGACCGCACCGCGCAGAAGGACCGGACCAAUGAGGAGAUUGAAGCCGACAACUCGAUUGUGCGCGUUGUGCUCUUCCCCUUGGUCGUUAAGAAGGGUGACGACGUGGGCGUCGGCGACGACGAGAUUGUCGUCUGCCCCGCGCAGGUGCUCGUCGCGCGCGAGGGCGGCAGACGCCAUGUGACGCCCUCGAGCGACGCCGGCGGGGCUUCGCUCCUCGGUGCCCCAAGCCGCCUCAGCGUGGUGACGGAUGCCAUGCUCAGCCAGCCCGAUGCUCAAUAUUUCGAAGGUGGCAUCUGA